GCCGAGCUAAAGCGUUGUCUUAUCCUCCUCACUCCCCAGAGAGAGAGCUUCAGCCAUGUCGGCGAUUAUCCGGUGCUGCUCCUCCUUUUCCGAUACUUCCCGCGGCGGACCUCCGUCUCUGGGAAGAUCUCGAGUUCCAGAGACGGGAAAGUUAGCUAAAUCUAUUGGCUACUCCUUAGUCAGAACACCUAGGGCUUAUCAUCCUAUAUUCUCCAAGAUUAAACCUUUGUCUACCAAGCCCAAGGAGCAUGAAAGUAAAGGAAUCUUACAAACACCAUUUGGCAGCGUGGAAACUUUUGAGAUGUGGCAGGGAAUUGGGAGGCUCAAAUUACCGGGGAUGGCAGUGCUUUUGACAAACUCCCUUCUGAUGGGUACACCACUUGAAGCUUUGGCUGCUGACAUGUGUGAGCCUGAGAGCUCCAUCUUCAGCAUGCCAUUUUUGCUGCUUGUUGCUCUUGUUGGAGCCACUGUUGGAGGGUUGCUUGCUCGGCAGAGGAAAGGGGAGUUACAGAGGUUAAACGAACAACUACGGCAGAUCAACGCAGCUCUCAGGAGACAAGCGAAAAUCGAGUCUUAUGCACCAGGCUUGAGUUACGCACCAGCAGGAGCUAGAAUCCCAGGGAGUGAGAUCAUCAUGGAGCCAAAGAAACAUGAGCUGAUCUCCAAGUUGAAAACAGGAAAGACCUUUCUGAGGAAUCAAGAGCCAGAUAAGGCUUUUGAAGAGUUCAAGACAGCUUUGGAACUUGCACAGAAUCUCAGAGACCCCAUCGAAGAGAAGAAGGCUGCCAGAGGCUUAGGCGCUUCGCUGCAGCGUCAAGGGAAGUACAGAGAAGCCAUACAGUAUCACAACUUGGUUUUAGCCAUCUCAAAGAGGGAAGGAGAAGAUUCUGGAAGCACUGAAGCGUAUGGAGCUAUCGCAGAUUGUUACACUGAGCUGGGGGAUCUCGAGAAAGCCGGGAAGUACUAUGACACCUACAUUGCUCGGUUAGAGACAGACUGAUUCAUCCGCUUUGUCUUUUUGUAUGUUUGUUGUGUUCAUGUCAAAAUCACAUAAAAUGGAUAUCUUGAUCCCUUUUAUUGAAUGUAAUUUCGUUUGUCUUA